AGAGCCACCCAGCCUCCUCCUGCCACCAUCUCUCCUCCUCAUUGGCCGCCCUCCCGCCGGCGUGGGCCAGUGAGCAGCUGCCACACUACAAAUCCGGCCCCGUCUCCUGGAGGGGCGGGACUUCCGCCUCCUCUUUAGCUUCCCGCUGAGGCGAGGACGAGAGAAAACGAAAGUCGCCUCAGCCGCCGCUUUCUCCGGCUCGCUCUCCGUAUUCCUCGCCUUUCUCCCUCUCUCUCUCUCGCUCGCCGGCGGCUGGGCCACAUGGAGGCGCUUCUCCUCGCCCUGCUCCUCGCCCUUGUGCCGCUGCCGGGACGCGCCUCUGACGUGCUCGAGCUCAGCGAUGAGGACUUCGACAGCGGCCUGGCCGACCGCAGCGUCGCCCUCGUCGAGUUCUACGCCCCAUGGUGGGUCGGAGGGAGAGGAGGCGGGCGGGGCGGGCAACGGGGCCAGGGCGCUCAUGGGGGGCGGGGCGGCGAGGCCCCCGCUGCUUCGGCUCUGCGCGCGCAGGAAGAGGAGCGGCACGUUUCUCGUGCGCGCGCCUCCCACAGGUCCAUAGACAGACGGGGAGAGGGAGGUUGGCAGGCCGGUGGAUCCCUUCGUCGCUGCCGCUGCCUUAACUGGCGCGGAGCCGAGAAUGGGAAGAGCGAGGGAGGAAAGGAAGGAAGGAGGGAGUCCGCCUGCCGAUCUGCCUCUCGCCGCUGCCUCUUGUCUGUCAGGCCUGUGGGAGUGAAUUUUGCGCAUUCCGGACGCGAUAUCCGCGGAAGCCUCUCCGCGAUUCGCCCGGCCGCCGUGAAGGGCAGCUGGUUUGGGUUGGUAGCGGCCUCUUUAUCGGGCGGGGAAAGCCGCGGUGACUCCGGCGCUGGUGCCGCAGCCGGUUUUGAAACUGCAGCCCCCAGGCUACACCGGGGCAAGUGCCUGCGGAGGGCGGGAUCUUGUUGCCGUGGCUGCUCCCGGUUGGCUGCUCCGCCGGGCUGUCACUAUCAGGGAUUGGCUGUUGGUCCCCUGGGAAGUGCCCGCUACCUUUGCGGAGAAGUUGGGGCAGCCAUCAGAGCGUCUUAUCGGCAGAAACGGAAGGGUUGGGUGCCUGCUAGCUUCCGGUGGAUAGUUGGUUCUUGGGUGAACCGUGGGUGCUGCCCUUGUGAGAACGGCGAAGCCUCCUCGCUCUGUCCGCUUCAUGGGGUUGAUGGGGCCACUAUUAGCUUGUGCUUUUUGCGGGAGCGGGGUGCCCUUGCCAAGCAAGAUGGAUGAUUCAUGGUGCCCAGCCCACUGGCUUCAAGUGUCUCAGUGGUCCUUGAUCCAAAUGAAUCUCAGUGUAUACUUGUAAUAAAAGCAAAACAUAGCCCUUCACAGAACAAUAAAAGUCAGUUUAGCAUAAAAUCCCGUGGUAUGAAACUUGGUACACAAGGCCAAUACUUUGCUGAAGACAAUCAGGUUUGAUCAUUGCCAAAACAGGAAUUUGGUAACCAUAUUUAUGCCUCCAUGGGUUCUAUGAUGUGAGAAAGGUGGGAUAGAAAUUCAAGAAAGUAAAUGAAAUGCCUACAUUUUGUAGGUUUAAUGCAAGUAUUCAUAUUUUAGUAAAUAUCAAAUUGUGUAUUCAUUAAUCCUUUUGAAUGUGCAUCUGGUAGGGGUAAUGAUUCACUGUAGAGAAAACCACUCAAAAUUACAAGCCAGCUAUAUGCUAGCCUACUGAAGGCUGACCAGAGAUAGGAAGCUGCAGGUCUAAGCCUAUGCUGAGUGUAUGGAAGAGGAGACAUCCAUUGUCUAGCAACCCACUUGAUUUCUGUGUUGAGCACAGAGGAGAGACUGCUUCAGUCUCUUGCUCCAUCCCUCCCAUCACACUUGCAUAGAACUCACAACUGCCAUAAGGGAAGGAUCUCAGGAAAUCAAGAGAGGCAGACAAAAAGAAGGUCAAGAGCCAGCUUCUGUCUAACUUGGCUUGUCCCUGCUAUAAGGCUAUCAACUACCAGCUAUCUUCUGGGAAGGAUUCUCGUAACUCUCUGUGUUCUACCAUAUUGCUCAUUCUUCUCCCUUGCCCCCAUGGAUAGUGAUGUUAAUUGUAGUAUGCCUCAAAAGCAUUCAUCGUCUGGAAGGCAGGAUAUUAAUAAUCACAAUAAAUAAAUUCUGGUUGUCUGUGCCUGACUAGUACUUGAAUACAAGGAUGGGCUAAUGUGCUUAUAUCUAGAUUAUGUCACAUUAACCUACUUAUUCAAGAGUAUUGACUCCUUUAAAACAAAUUUAAAUUUUAAAACCCUGCACAGUUUUAGUCAUUGAUUUUUAUCUGACCUGUUGAGAUACAAGUGCGAUCUUGGGCCAAACAGUCCUUGCUGAUGAAAGAAAGUGGUAUGCCAACCAUGCAUUGAACUUUUAAUCUUAUAGGUGUGGACACUGUAAACGCCUUGCUCCUGAGUAUGAGUCUGCUGCCACCAGGCUAAAGGGAAUAGUGCCACUUGUGAAGGUUAGUUUUGUAAUGUGCUACUGUAUGAAACUCUGCAGAAAAGGGACCUUUCCAUAAGUUAAAUUGCUUGACUACUGAUAGUGGAGUUGGGAGUCAGUUCUAUUGAUGCCUGUGUGAAUGUGGUGGGGAGCAACGUGGGAUAAAAAGCUUUGAAUCUAUGUCUGCUGUUCUUUUGAUCAAAGUCCCUGGAGGUAUAGGAAGAGCCUCUGUUGGUGUUAGAUGGGAAUGUUUGGAUGAGGAUGUUUGCAUGCAUCUAUGCUGUUGGCAAUGUGCAGACUAGAUGGUUGUUUUUUUUAGAGAUGUUACCAUCCUUUACUGUGGAAAAGGCAAACCCUGCUCACAUUCUCUUUAAGGUUGACUGUACAGCAAACUCAAACACCUGCAACAAGUAUGGAGUGAGUGGCUAUCCAACUCUCAAGAUCUUCAGGAACGGGGAGGAGUCUGGUACCUAUGAUGGUCCAAGAACAGCUGGUAAGGAACUGUAGGCCAGGCUGUGAGUGCUGGAGGAGCUGGUUAAUAGUUUGCAGCAGCCCUGGCACAGAGUGGAGGGUUAUUGCAUGCAUGUUCUGCUUGUAGACCUCCCAACAUCAUCUGGUUGGCCUCUGCAAGAACAAGAUGCUAGACAAUAUGGGCUUUUGUUCUGAUCUAGCUGUAGGGCUCUUCUUGAAGCCUUCAUUUAAAGGGUAUUUGUGUAAUGCCUUGUAUAGCCUUGUAUAUUGGAUGUACCCAAAGCAACCCCUACAUGCAGCCUGCCACUAACUAUGCCAAACUUCUCUCCCAAGAUGGAAUUGUGAGCCACCUGAAGAAACAGGCUGGGCCAGCCUCAGUUGCUCUCCGCUCUGAUACUUUUGAGAAAUUCAUCAGUGAAAAAGAUCCUGCUGUGGUGGGUAAGUAGUGGGGGGAUUUUGGGUGGGGGAGGUGAUCAGAUUUCCCCCCCUGAGCCUGCACAUGCUAAGAUGUGGAGGGGGGUUGCCAGUCUUUCUGGAAUUAGACAUCAUAGACUGCAGUUGUUAGCACAGAGCUUUGAACUGGCAGUGCAGAGUUACCUCUUCUGUUCCAGUCCUCUUAACCUGAUCUCAGUAGUAAAAAUGUUCAGAUAAAAACGUUCUGCAGUGUUGAUUUGAGCGACUCCCAGCUUCAAAUAUUAGAAGCCGGGGACUGGGUUCCUUGGAUACAAUUUGUAGGUUCUUGUAUAUGGCUCACUGGUUUGGGCAGUCCAAGUUGUUUUUGUGUCCAGGUGGAAUAGCUAAACUGCUUCUGCUACUCCUCUUUCAUAUGGAGUCCUUUCCCUUUUAUGAUGUUCUGCAGGUUUCUUCAAGGAGUUGUUUGGUGAUGCACAUUCAGAGUACAUGAAAGCAGCGAGCAACUUGCGAGAUCAUUACCGCUUUGCGCACACAAGUGAUGAGGAUCUAGUUAAAAAAUAUGAGCCAGAUGGCGAGUAAGUAGCACAUGGGCCUCUAUUCUCCUGAUUGGUCUACCAAAAUAUAAGAAUAUAAGACACAAAUUUCAGAAAUGCAUCUGGGCAUAACAGCUCUGCCUGGCUUCCUGUUGCUCCCCACAAUGAAUUCCCCCCCACUUGUAUAGCAAGCUGUUUCUGACGUAUAGACCACUGGUUCUCUUUGGACUGAGCUUGAGCAACACUCAAAUGGCUUGCCAGUAUAGGCAAGCCGUGUUCCUAGCAACUGUCUUUGUAAAAUAGUGAUUGUACCUUCCACGGUCCUAUGCAACAUCCCCCUCCCCAACACUCAAGUCCCUGCUGGGCUGCUUCCUGCUUGUUUUUCCUGCCACCUGAAGGGAGCAGGCAAGUCAGAGCUUGAGGUGCCUGCUGACUGUCAUUCAGCUUUUCCUUGGGGAGUUGGUUAAGCAGCUGAGACACCUGCUAGCAAAUGUGGCUGGAAGCCCAUGUUGAAAGAACAAGGGAGUCCUGUUUGUGAGCCAAGCCCUAGCAAGAGCACAGCCUGUUUGAGGGUGAUGUGUGCUUGGUUCACUGUCAAGUUGCACUGAUCAACUUUCCACAGAGGCAUUAUCCUGUUCCGUCCCCCACACCUGGAAAACAAGUUUGAGGACAACAAUGUGCGAUACACAGAGGACAAGAUCACAACUGGCAAGAUCAAGAAGUUCCUUCAGGAGAACAUGUAAGUGUAUAGCAGCUUCCCUCCUGCCAGUCUAUAGUGAGUGUCUGUGUCCGCAGCGUGAGAUCCACAUGCUAACGUGAUUUGGGGGUUCCUUCUGUUCUUUAGCUUUGGCAUCUGCCCACACAUGACGGAAGACAACAAAGAGCUGAUCCAAGGCAAGGACCUGCUGGUGGCUUAUUAUGACGUAGAUUACGAAAAGAAUCCCAAGGGGUCCAACUACUGGCGCAACAGGUGAGAACACAGCAAGGACUAUCCUGAAGUUAAAUGAGUGAGGUUGGAGAGACCUGCAAGCCACUGAUAUGUUCUGCCCCCACUGCCACAGGCAAUAUGUGCCUGACCUGCCAGUUGCUGGGAAUCAUAGGUGGGGAGAUCACUGCUGAUGCUGCAGUUGGGUCCUCCUGGCUUCCCGCUGGGGCAGUGGUUUUAAACCAGUGUGCCACGGUACCCUGGGGUGCCUUGAAUGAUGGUCAGGGUGCCUCCCUCCCUCCUCUGAUGCCCUCUCAUGUCUGCCUCCCAAAGGCUUGUGUGACUGUUUGUUGCAGCAUCCUUGGCUACAAGCUCUGCUAGUUGCCAGAAGCUGAGGUGGCCUCGUAGUAAGUAGGUAAGCAAGCAAGCAGGUGAGGGAGCCUAGCCAGCCAGUUUGCCAGCCCUUGCUGUUGGGAAUGAACAGACAAGUCCUAGGCCCCUGUGGGUCAAGGGAGGCAGCUCAGAGACCUGCCCAGAGAACUCAAAGAAGAGGAGAAGAGGUUGAGAAAACACUCUGUGAAGGAGGAUAUUUGAAAAGAGUGAGAGGCUGCCAGCUCUGCAGGCAAGGGGUGACAUAACUGGGCUCCUGAGUCCCACAGGGGUGUCACAGAAAGAAUAUAGUUGGUCAACGGAGCAGUGGACUCAAAAAGGUUGAAAACAUCUGCACUGGAGCAGCUGGUUGACCACUGGGAGCAGGACACUUUGUCUUGAUCCAGUGGACUCAUAUGUCUGUGCCAGAGGCCAUGCCUCUUGUGGCUGCUCUAUAGCCCAAACAGAAGGGCUGCAGCAGUUCCAGCAUGCAAACAUCCCCCUCCCUAGGAAGAGUGGGGGCAAGAAGCCAGCAAUAGUAUAAGCUGUGGAGGUCCCCCAUCAGCAGUGAAUAACUUAUGGAAGGAGACGGGCAGUGACACUUCUGCCCUUGGCCAAUCAUUGAUCACCUUGGUGGCUCUUUGAGGCUGCUCCAAGCACACUUGAUCCUUUAGCUAUAGAAUUUGGGACUGCUUUGACUUGAACACAUCACCACCUCUGCCUGAGCCAAGGUACUUCCGAAAUUGGCUCUUAAUUAAUUAAAAUGAUUUGCUUGCCUUCACGCAUGCCUUGAAGAGGACAGGUGCGCUGUGACUCCUGAUUAUCUUGGGCUAUCACAAAAAAGUUUUGUUAUUGCUUUUGCAGAGUGAUGAAGGUAGCCCGGAGUUUCCUGGAUGCUGGACACAAACUCAGCUUUGCUGUUGCUAGUCGGAAGACCUUUGGUCAUGAGCUCUCAGAGUUUGGAUUGGAUGGCUCUACCACCGAUGUUCCUCUUGUUGCCAUCAGGACAGCUAAGGGAGAGAAAUUUGUCAUGCAAGAGGAAUUCUCGUAAGUGGAGCAUUUGUUUAUACUGCAAGUGUGCACACUGCUUCUGGUGUGGUCUGGAGUGGGGACAUCCCACUGCCUUUUCCUGAACAAUUCUGAGCACAAAGCAUCAUAGGCCAAUCCAGACAGAAAGUCUGGGAUUUCUUCUAGUGACUUUAGAAGGGGGGUUACAAGUUGGGGGAGGACUGGUUGAAACAAUUCUCUUGUUUGGUUUGCAGCCGUGAUGGGAAGGCCCUGGAGAGAUUCCUCCAGGAUUAUUUUGAUGGAAACCUGAAGAAAUACCUGAAAUCUGAGCCCAUCCCAGAGAACAAUGAUGGGCCUGUGAAGGUGGGAGCUGCUGCUUGUUCUGUCUCCUCAAGGGUGGUGGGAGCCUUGGGCCCCUUCAGAUGAUAUUGGACUUCCAUCAGCUCUACCCAGCGGUGCCCAAAGAUAAGGGAUUAUGGGAGCAAAAGGUCAACAGCAUCUGGAGGGUCCCCUACUCCUAGCUUAAAAGAAACUAGAUCUCGUAAGAAUAACUCACUCUAUGUGGGCCUGCUCUUGAGACUGACCCAGAAACUCAAGCGGGUGCAGAAUGCUGCGGCGAGACUCCUUACGGGGUCCUCACUGCGGGAUCACAUUCACCCAGUGCUAUACCAGCUGCACUGGCUCCCGGUGGAGUACAGGAUCAGGUUUAAGGUGCUGGUUUUAACCUUUAAAGCCCUAUACGGCCUAGGACCCUCAUACCUACGGGACCGCUAUUCCUGGUAUGUCCCACGGAGGACCUUACGGUCUUCAGACAAAAACACCUUGGAGGUCCCGGGCCAGAGAGGUUAGGCUGGCCUCAACCAGAGCCAGGGCUUUUUCGGCUGUGGCUCCGUUCUGGUGGAAUGCUCUGUCACAAGAGACUAGGGCCCUGCGGGACUUGACAUCUUUCCGCAGGGCCUGCAAGACAGAGCUGUUCCACCAGGCCUUUGGCCAAGGCACAGCCUGGCCCCUCCUUUGGUAAUUCUUCACAGAACUCUACCCCAAUGGUUGCCAUCAAUUUGAUUUGAACUGAUUUUAUAAUGAAUUGAUUUUAGAAUGCUGUAUUAUUUUACAGUUGUUAGCUGCUCUGAGCCUGGCUUUGGCUGGGGAUGGCGGGAUAUAAAUAAAAUUUAUUAUUAUUAUUAUUAUUAACCAAGAAGGGGACUCCUCUGCUGUAUUUUGGGACAUGUUGCAGCAGGUGGCCUUAAAGGUAUGACCGACGUGCAACACCCCAAAACAUCCCAUAUUAUAUUCCAAAAUGCCCACAAAUUUCUCCACUUUGUUCUAAGUUUCAUGCAGUUUAAGUAAGAUUAAUGUGCACAUUUACUAAUUUCAGCUCUUUCUGAGCUAUGUCUUGAGGCUGUAGCUUUCUCAGGGUAGCUGAUGUUCAUAGCUGCUGGGCAGUUUCAUCAACAAACAUGAAAAAGACAAAUUGAAAUUACAAGUUGGAUUGAACAAGCCCAAAAUUUGAAGUACAGGGAAAUCUUAAAGUAGCUAUGUUUUCUCUGAAUUAAGUUUCAGUUUAUAUGUCCUUGAUGCAUACCAAGACUGUUUCUGGACACCUGGAAUUCAGGAAUUCAAUUCAUAGAUGGGAAACAGGCAGAUUUGGAUGUGAUCUGUAUAUUGAUUGAACUGCUGGGAAAAUGAGAGGCUUCCUGCAUAUUAUUCAGCUUGCAAUAAUACUAAAAUUAGGCUUGGGAACCUCCCCUUUUGAGCCUGCAUGUUUUCUCCCCAGGUGGUUGUGGCUGAGAACUUUGACGAAAUUGUGAAUGCUGAGGGCAAGGAUGUGCUUGUGGAGUUCUAUGCGCCUUGGUGUGGCCACUGCAAGAACCUGGAACCCAAAUACAAGGAGCUUGGAGAGAAGGUAUGCCCAAGGGGCGGGAGGAGGAUCCGAGUGCCUGAGUGUCUCUCUCCCUUAAUAGAGGUCCCUGUUCAUAGGAGACCAGAGAGAAGAGCUCUUAUCUUCAGGGGCCUUGAUACUGUGUAUUUGAGCAAGGUUCUCUUGGGCGUGGAACAGCCCCUAGGGGGCUGGCACUGCUCUGCUAUCAUGAAUUGACUGCUUCUGCCAGUGUGAAAUUGCUGACUGGAUUAUCUUUCAACAGCUCAGCAAAGAUCCCAACAUUAUUAUAGCCAAGAUGGAUGCUACAGCCAAUGAUGUGCCUUCUCCCUACGAAGUGCGAGGGUAAGAGAAUUAUGCUUGGUAGCUACUGGCUGGUUCUUGCCUGCCCUCUGCUGUCAGUGAUAGAGUAGCUGUCCUGCAGGCACAGUCUUGGGCCUUUUAGGAGGAGUCCUUUGCGCCCCAUCCACACCAAGCGCCCCAUUGUGUGCUUGCACUAUGCCCUUGAAGAAUGGCUGCUGUAUGGAGGCUUAUGCAUGUAAACACCAGGCAUAUUUCCUCCAGGGCAGUCAUUCAGGAUACCACUGAAUGCCCUGCUGAGUGGUCUUUCUUUCUUUGUUUGUUGACAGCUUCCCCACAAUUUAUUUUUCGCCUGCGGGGAGCAAGCAAAGUCCAAAGAAAUAUGAGGUGAGUUAAUGCUUGUACCGGGUUCCCUACAGUAAUAAUAAGCAGCUGCAAUGAAGUCGUCUUUCUUUUGCCCAUUAAUCCUAAAAUAUGGCAAGUGGCAUAAAUGAUCAAGUGGAAUGUGUUGAGGGUGCUGUGUGUGCGCUAGUGAUUGGAAGUUAAUGCCUUGAGCACUGCUGCACUUUGCCUGACUUGUGUCUUCUUGACAGGGGGGGCGUGAGGUGAAUGACUUUGUCAGCUACCUGAAGCGGGAGGCCACUUACCCACCCAUUCUACAGGAGGAUGAAAAACCCAAGAAGAAGAAGAAGGCGCCCAAGGAGGAUCUGUGAGCGGGGAGGGGGGCUUGGUAUCAUCGUCGCCCUUGUCUGCAGAAGAGCCCAUGGCCACUCCUGGAGGUGGGGCCCUGUGGGGCAGUCUAAGCUGUUGGAAAGUGAAGCCACAUUGAGCAGAGGGGACCCAGCUGCUGCUGCUGCUGUUCUGUUUAAUUUCCUGCCCCCUCAUCUCUUAACUGCACUGGCCUUGAAUGCCCUGGACUGGCUGAUAUUUGUGGGUGGGGAGGGGGAGGGUUUGUUUUCUAAUUUUUUGUACAUUUGAAGAAGUGAAUCAAUAAAUGACCCCCUUAGGCCCCAAGUUGCCUUUCUGUGAUGAUGGGAGGGGAAAGACUUCUCCCUGUCUCUUUGAGCGGGAUACAUUUACCUGUUUCUGGUACUUUGCUAGUUUGGGAGGCUGCUCUACCAGAUAACUUUUGUUCCCCAUAGAAGUUACUGAACAACUCAGCUGUCCUUGAGAAGUUUGCAUGUUGAUUUUAGCUUGGGGUAGCCUAGCUCUGCAGAUGGGCCUAAGCAACAUUCUCAAAUGAACAUGUAGCAGAUUGAUAACAUAACUGAUUGAUACGAAGUGAAGGGAGAUGUCAUGUCUGUUUAAACGAUCUUCACAAAAUGCAAUUUUUUGGUAUAACUUCUCAUGUGGAGAGUCUCUGAGAGAUGUGGUAGGUGCCAAGCUUUAAGCCUGUGUGACAAAGACCUGUCUCUGCAGCCACUAGAAAUUUUGAAAACAAAGCAGCAUAAGCCAGGCAAGAUUAAAAUAUUCCUUGAAGAAAAGGUUUCUAGC